UUAAUAGUAAAGAUAGAAAUGUAGCACCCCAUCCACUUCCCAACCCUCCCCCCAUCUCUCUCUCUCUCUCAAUGGAGACGAAACGUCAGCUUUUCAUCUUCACUGCGGCGGCGCUGCUAAUCUACGCCGGGUGCGCAUCCUCCGCCAAACAAUGCUCCGACUGCGGCAACACCACAGUCCCAUACCCACUCAGCACGAGCCCCACCUGCGGCGACCAGUCCUACAAAAUCCGCUGCGACGCGGCGGCUGGCGGCGGCACGCUGGUGUUCGACACACUCAACAACACGUACCCAAUCGCAUCUAUCAACCCCUCCGCCCAGCGCUUCGUGAUCAAGCCGGCCACCCUGGUCUCCAACGCCACCUGCGUCACCUCCGAUCUCGUCCACCAGGGUCUCCAGCUCAACAGCUCGCUCCCAUUCAACGUCACCAGCAGCAACACCAUCUUGUACCUUAACUGCACCGCCGACUUGCUCCGCUCGCCUCUGAAUUGCUCGUCCUCGAGUCUCUGCCACGUGUAUGCUAAUUACACCGGGGGAGUCUGUGCCAACGCUCCGCUGUGUUGUACCUUCAGAGCAGGUGGGUCGUCCACUUCGUACAUGAUUCGGGUUAGGGAGUCCGGGUGCAGUGCUUACACGAGCUUUGUGAACUUGGACACGAGUUUGGGAGUGGACCGGUGGGGUCAACCCGGUUUGGAGAUUCAGUGGGUGUCGCCGAGAGAACCGGUUUGUGGGUCCCAGGUGGAUUGUAAUGAUGGUGGGAACUCAACUUGUGGGCUUGACCCAGCUGAGAGUGGGGUCAGGAGGUGCUUCUGUAACUCUCCACUUGUCUGGGACCCAAUACAAGGGGUCUGUGUAAAAUAUUGUCAAGAUGCUCAGGGCUGUGGCAAAGCAGACAGGACAGCACUUAUAGCAGGCUUAACUUCUGGCCUUGGUGCAACGCUAUUUCUAGCCAUCAUCGCCAUCCUACUCUAUAAACGCCAUAGGCGCAUCAUAGAAGCACAAGAACGCCUGGCCAAAGAGCGCGAAGAUAUCCUAAAUGCUAGUGGUGGAGGCAGAGCUGCAAAAUUAUUCACUGGCAAAGAAAUUAAGAAAGCAACACAUGAUUUUUCCAAGGACCGCCUCCUAGGUGCUGGUGGGUAUGGUGACGUCUACAAAGGCUUUCUACAAGAUGGCACUGUUGUAGCAGUUAAGUGUGCUAAGCUUGGAAACACCAAAGGCACUGAUCAGGUCCUCAAUGAGGUCCGAAUUCUAUGCCAAGUUAAUCACCGGAGCCUUGUGCACCUUCUAGGUUGUUGUGUUGAGUUAGAGCAGCCUAUUUUGGUCUAUGAGUACAUUGAGAAUGGAGCGCUUUUAGAACAUCUGCAGGGUCUAAAACAUGGCGGGCGAGGCCAACUUACUUGGAGCCAUCGUCUCCGCAUUGCUCAUGAUGCUGCUGAAGGUCUCGCUUAUCUCCAUUCAUCUGCUGUUCCUCCAAUAUAUCAUCGCGAUGUCAAGUCUAGUAACAUUUUACUCGAUGAGAAAUUGAAUGCUAAGGUUUCUGAUUUUGGGUUAUCUAGGUUGGCUCAUACUGAUAUGAGUCACAUCUCAACGUGUGCUCAAGGAACUCUGGGAUACCUUGAUCCUGAAUAUUAUAGAAACUACCAGUUGACCGAUAAGAGUGAUGUUUAUAGUUUUGGAGUUGUGUUGUUGGAGCUAUUGACGUCUCAGAAGGUGAUUGAUUUUAAUAGGGCAGAAGAUGAUGUGAACUUGGCAGUUUAUGUGCAGAGAAUGGUGGAGGAAGAAAGGAUAAUGGAUGUCAUUGAUCCGUUGCUAAAAGAGGCAGCAACCACUUUGGAGAUGGAGACCAUGAAGGCUUUGGGUUUUCUGGCAGUGGGUUGCUUGGAAGAACGUAGACAGAACCGGCCUUCCAUGAAAGAGGUUACUGAGGAGAUUGAAUACAUCAUAAGCAUUGCCAAGGCAAAGGCUGUAGAGAAUUAGCAGUUAAGAGGUUUCCAUGGACAUUGGGAUAAGUCAUGAUUGGUGUUUGUUUUUGUUGUAAUUAUGUCUCCUACCUAUGACAUGAUUUCGUUUAGCUUAUGACGUAUAUGGGUGUGUAUCACCUUAGUUUUGGUUUGAUAAUAA